UCAUUCCUGUGUUGUUUGGGGACAGUAGGAAGAUGGCGGCGGCCCCGCUAUACUGUGUCUGCCGGCAGCCCUACGAUGUGAGCCGGUUUAUGAUCGAGUGCGACAUCUGUAAAGACUGGUUUCACGGCAGCUGCGUACAGGUAGAAGAGCAUCAUGCUGUGGAUAUCGAUGUUUACCACUGUCCCAACUGUGAUGUCAAAAACGGACCCUCCCUGAUGAAAAAGCGCAACAACUGGCACAGACACGACUACACUGAGCCAGAUGAUGGAGAGAAACCGGUGCAGGCCGGCACCUCGGUGUUUAUCAAGCAGCUCCAGGACAGAACCUUCCCCAGUGCUGAGGAGAUUCUGAUUCGGAUGAAGGGUGAACAUGUGACUACCAGGUAUUUGGAGAGACAUGGAUUUAACUACCCGAUAGCAAUCACCGAGAUGGAGGGCCUGGGCCUGAAGCUACCACCUCCUACUUUCUCUGUCAAAGAUGUGGAGCAGUAUGUGGGUGGUGAUAAAGUCAUUGACGUGAUAGAUGUGGCACGACAGGCGGACAGCAAGAUGAAGCUCAGUGAGUUCAUCAAGUAUUUCACCAAGCCCCAUCGACCCAAAGUCCUCAACCUCAUCAGCCUGGAGUUCUCUGACACCAAGAUGGCAGAGUUGGUGGAGGUUCCCGUUGUGGCUCGGAAGAUGUCUUGGGUGGAGAACUACUGGCCAGACGACUCAUUCUUCCCAAAGCCCUUUGUUCAGAAGUACUGCCUUAUGGGGGUUAAAGACAGCUACACAGAUUUCCACAUAGACUUCGGAGGCACCUCCGUCUGGUAUCAUGUUCUCUGGGGCGAGAAGAUCUUCUAUUUGAUCAAACCCACUUCCACCAACCUUGCACUAUAUGAGGCAUGGAGCUCCUCGCCCAAUCAGAGUGAAGUGUUCUUUGGGGACAAAGUGGACAAGUGCUACAAGUGUGUUGUAUCCCAAGGAACCACCCUGCUCAUCCCUACAGGCUGGAUCCACGGUGUUCUCACCUCUCAGGAUUGCAUGGCGUUUGGAGGAAACUUCCUUCACAACCUCAAUAUUGGCAUGCAGCUCAGGUGUUAUGAAAUGGAGCGUCGUCUGAAAACCCCAGACCUCUUCAAGUUUCCAUACUUCGAGGCCAUCUGUUGGUACGUGGCCAAGAACCUCCUGGAAAUGCUAAAAGAGCUACGCGAGGACAACUGUCCACCACCAACCUACAUAGUGGACGGAGUCAAGGCUUUAAUCAGUGCACUGAGAACUUGGUUAAAAAGAGAGAUGGCUGAGCCCACUAGUGAGGUACCUGACAACAUCAGGCCUAAUCAUCUUAUUAAAGAGCUGACCAAGGAAAUCCGCUACCUGGAGGAGGAACCAGGAAGUGGUAGCAAGCCAGUAAAAUCUCAGGGAUGUGGAAUACCGUCGGGAUCGAACGGCUGCCCGGCCACUCGCUCCGCGCUGGAGCGGCUGUGCCAGGCACGGCGGGCUCGGCGGGCUGCCAGACGGCUGAGGGAGCAGCAGCAGCAGCUGGUGCCCUCCAACCUGGACAUCUUGGAGCAGCACACCAGGGAGGUGCUGAAGAGGCUGGAGGUGGGACCUCUGGAGGAGGAUCCGGCGUUUUGUGCCAAGGUUCAUGGGAAACUCAACAAGGUGUCGACUGCAUCAGCAGCAGCAGCUGCAGAGUCAUUAGAGGACAACCACCUACGACUCAUGCUGGUCAACGGACGAAUCAUCAGAGAUUUAAGGAAGCCCGGAAGCAGCCCUGUAAAGACAGAGGGCGAGUGGUUGUCUGUCGGCCAAAGUCCACCAAAGAGUUGUGUGGAUGUGAAGUCGGAGAGGACGCAGGACUGUCGAGACCAGCACAGCACAGCUGAGAAACCCACACUCCUCAGGGGUCUGGAGAGGGUGAAGGCUGAACUCAGGGAAGAAGUCUCAGGACACUCCAGUGUGUCAGACGGGGAGUCGGACAGCGACUCUGCCACAGAGCAUAAAGUAUCUUCGUCGUCCUCCUCUUCUGAUGAGGAUUCAGAGAGUUCCCAGGAGGAUGAAGAGGAGGGGGGCUCAUCUGAGCAGACAGGCUCAGGGCACACCAUAGAGCUGGACCAGUUUGGCCAGAAACUCAGGCACAAGCACAAACCACUCAAACGAGAACGUCCUACCUCACCCAGCACAGAAGAGGCCAUUCAAGGGAUGCUGACAAUGGCUGGUCUGCUGUGCUCCUCCAACCCAGAGAAGGGAGCCUCUCCCCAGGAGCCCUGGUGGUCCAGCCAGUGCUCACCACAGGAAGCCACAAAGCAUCAGCUCCGGUUGCAGGGGGGCAAGAGCCCGAUGGAUAGCCAGGGUAACAGCAGCAGCGAGGCCUGGGACAAUCAGGGGCUUCCCAGCCCAGAGACGGACUACCAGUACUGUGACCCAUCCAUGUCUCCCCCACUACACCCCUCCAAGAGGCACGCCCCCAACCCCCCCCCUAUCAGCAAUCAGGCCACAAAAGGCAAACGGCCCAAAAAAGGAAUGGCUACAGCCAAACAAAGACUGGGCAAGAUCCUGAAACUCAACAGACAAAGUCGCGUCUUUGUGUAACACCUCAAACAUUACAGAAGAAAUUAGGAUUUUGGGGUGUUUACUUGAAGAAAAGGACAACUGUGUAUCUGGUAUUGGACACAUUUGUGCUGUAGAGAUGGGGGUGAGAAUAAAAAAAAAAAGGAACACUGCCCGAAAACGACUAUAACUGAACAAAUCUCGACACUUAAAACGCUCACUGUGCAUGCUUAGGAGACAGGGUAUUGGAUUUGAAAUAAGCAAGUGCACGACUUCACCUCAAGCACACUAAGAACAAAAAAAAAGGAGCAUCGAGAAGCGGAGGAGACGAGCGCUUCUGGCAGCAUUCAGAUGGACAAAGGAGAUUAAAGGACACCUUCCAAGAUAUCAUCUGCUUCUGAUUCCAAGAUCUCUGCAUCUCAUCUACUAACACUUCCUCUCUGCUGAGUGCCCCCCCUUCCUACAACCUCCACUUCAUCUGCAGGUGAAAUUGAGCUGCAUCCACAGCUGGAUCUUGUUCCUAUGCCCCCCCCAGGCCUGAAGAGGGAAUGUGGUGCUAAAAAAAAGAAAAAAAAAGAAAGAGGAGGUAGUGAACUGAUAUUUCAGAUGGUGCUAAUUGUUUUGUAUUUACUCCACUCAUGCUUCUCCCUCCCCGACUUUCCCCCACUUCUUAUCUCAAUCACACCAGCAAUAAAGACUCUGAGGAGAGCGGAGAGUGACCGGCAGCACUUGGGUGCAUCCUUCAGUUUGCAGAGAAGUCUGAAAGGUGGUUGCAGACCUGCACUGUUUUAUUAGCUACAAGGAAGCUGCUCAAAGUGCUGCCUCUCAGUGAAUUUGUUUUCAGUAGGAAAUGUGAGUGGCUCUGAAAUGACUCACAUCCUGUUUAAUUUAUUUCUCAUUUUAUCUGUGAUGUUUUCAUGUCAUUUUUAUGGAUUCUGAAUGAUGUAUUUAUUAAUUGAAAGAAGUGAUUUUAUUAUAUUUUGUCCAUAAAGCCUCAACUCUUCUGAGGAUUUUUCCUUUAUAGGGUUUUGUUUUUUAAAUCUUUAACACAUGCUUUUGUAAAUGUUGAUGUUUUAGAGUUCCUGUUAUCAGCUGUUGAGUAGCAGUUUACCUACAAACCUUUUAUUACCUUCUAUUGUCACAAAUCUUUUCCCUCCCCAGUUUGAGUAGAGCUUGUUUUGAUUCACGUCUCUUCUAGUUUCCAGUUCUCGUGUAGCCGGAGAUGUUGGGCUAUGUGUGAGUAGGUUUUAAAGGAAAAAGUCAGCUUUCAUAUCUACAUGAGUGUUUUCAGCUAGUGCCACUUGUCAUGACUUAGCAAAAAAAAAAGUAUUCUGAGCCACUGUGGUUGAUCCAAAGUAGUUGAUGAGGAACGUCAAUGGGACGCGUGAGUUUUCUUCUAUGUUUUCUUUUAAUUCCAGUGCUGAUGUCAAAUGUGCGUUUUGCUCUGGGUGCGCAGUUUUUCACUCUCAGGGAACGAUGCCAUGGACAUAACCUUCGAUUAAACCACCAGCCACAUCAUGGAUGCAGACAGGAUGCUCUCGGCAUCACUCAAAUCUCCUCUUGCAUUCAAGAUGCUGAGGUUUGUUUUCAUAGUUUAAAAAUAUAUAUAUAUUUCAAGGUUUUUAGUUGUACAGAUAUGCUCUGCUUUAGCUUUUCCAGUCAUUGUACCUAACAGGAGUCCCCUUUCCUCACAUUCAACUCAGUGUUAAUCAUGACACACCCCCAUUAAGUUGACUUGGUGUUGACUUGGACCAGGUGAACUGCUUGCCAUGUAGCUUUAAGACCACUCUUGGAACAGCAUGAGACUUGGAAAGCUGUGCUCAGGUUGACCUGUGAGUAACUGUGCGGUCUUGGUAUUUAAAAUAAUCCCAACACAAAGAACCAGCCUGGUUAGUGUUAAUCACACUGCCAGACUGAUCUCCUCCUUUCCUCUUACACUACACUUUUAACUCUUUAACUCUUUGCAUGUCACAUCAUCGAAAAACACGAACUGACCCGCAGGCAGGGUUUGUUAUAAGCUGUAUUCAUCGCACAGGAUUUUGUCCCCCUUCUGCUUUAUAUGCAGCUCUCUUGGCAUUUGUGUUGUGUUGGUUCUUGCAAUGUUUCUUCCAGAUUUAAAUGGCUUAUGAUUUGAAAAAUACAAACACUGGCUAACUGUGACACUGUUAAUGCGUUGCAUUUUUGGUUCUGCAUUUUAAAAAUUGCGUGUAAAUAAAACUAAUGUAAUUAA